UACACCAGUGCACAGGAACUGAGAGUCUACAGCAAAUAUGGCUGCAAAUUCAGUGUAUGACUUCACCAUGGAGACCCUGGAGGGAAAGGCCGCCCCACUCAACAUCUUCAGAGGAAAAGUCCUUCUCAUCGUGAACGUGGCGACCUUCUGAGGGUCCACCGUCGAAGAGUAUCACAGGAUGAAUGCACUCAUGGACAUGUAUGGAGGACUGAACUUCACUGUGCUUGGAUUCCCCUGCAAUCAGUUUGGCCUUCAGGCUCCUGAAGAGAACCAUGAGAUCCUGAAUGUCCUGCAGUUUGUGAGACCAGGAGCAGGUUUCCUCCCACAGUUCCCCGUGUUCAGCAGGAUUGAGGUGAACGGCGCAGAUGAACACCCUCUAUACGCCUUCCUGAAGGAAACUCUUCCGUUUGUCAACCCUGUGAUCGGAGACAUCAGGAAGCUCUACUGGUCUCCCAUUAAAGUCAACGACAUCCGAUGGAACUUCGAGAAGUUUCUCAUCACUGCAGACGGAGUUCCUUACAAACGGUAUGAUCUUCAUUGUCCAUUUGAAGAGGUGGAGCGGGACAUUACAGCGCUUCUGCAGGGAAGACAUUCAUCAUCAUAACACAUUCAUAACCAGCAUAUGAUUAUGAUUCCAGC